AUGGCUUCCACCCUCUACCAAUACUCAAUCACUCAGCACAACCAAGUCCUACCAAACACCCACCACCUCCUAUCCCGCGACUGUUUCAUCUUCCGCUUCAACUUCACCCACCAACUCCAACUGUUCUUCCCCCAGGACCUGAUUGUCCCACUCAAUUCAAUCCAACAAUCGUUCCUUGUCCCCUUUCAUGUGUUUUUCUCACAGACCCGAGAAACAAUCCAGACCAUUCUAUCCGGGACUGGAGUUUCCAUGGACUUUGUGGAGACUCUGGUGCCGGAAGUUUAUGCUUUGGCUGUGGAGAUUACCCGGGACUCUGAAAAUACUGAGCCGAUAGUAGUCCCGCUGGAUUUGGAUGUCCUUGCUGUGACCCCUUUUGAUGACCGGGAACAGAUUGAGAGGGCUAUUGUGGAAUCUGGGCGGGUUUAUAAUCCUGUCCCUGGCGCCAAGUCAUUGGGUGCCGGACUAAAGACUGUGAACAUUGAGAAUUUGGGUGUGAGCAAGGAAUGUAGCAUCUGUUUGGAGGAGCUUUCGACCGGAUUGGAGGUUGUGCUCAUGCCCUGCAAUCAUCUGUAUCAUAAAGAUUGCAUUGUUGAAUGGCUGAAGAGAAGUCACAUGUGCCCCUAUUGCCGCUUCAAGAUGCCCACUUGA